UAGAUUCUGGUGGAUUAAGUUAAGGGCUUUGGUCGAAAUGAGAGAUUGGGAAGAGCUAGAUAAAUUUUCAAAGUCAAAGAAAUCUCCUAUUGGAUAUGAGCCAUUUGUUGAAGAGUGUAUCAAAGCCACACAACAAAGUGAGGCUGCCAAAUACAUUCAAAAAUGCGAUCCUGCAAUUCGACCUGGCCUAUAUAUAAAAAUAGGAGAUUUCAGGGCUGCAGGUCAAGAAGCACUUGCGUUAAAGGAUGUCCAGUUACUGCGUGAAAUAAAAGGCAAAUGUGCUGAUCAAGUCAUUGCGCAAGAAUUAGAUGCUUAUAUCGCUCAAGCAACCGCGAGAUAG